AUGUCCAGCUCGGCUUCCGCGUCGGGCACACCCGCGCCCAACAUCCCUCCGGCGACCCAAGUCGUGCCGUCGAUCGGCCUCGACGGCAAGCCUACCUCUCGCCCCUCUGCCUCGACCGACAACGGCGGCAACCACUUCCCGACGGCCGCGGCAGUCCUGGUCGGCAUCGCGGCAGGCAUUGCCGGCAUCGUCCUCCUGUACAAAAUCUACGUCUGGAUCUCUCGACGCCGACGAGACCCGUCCGACGACGACGACCUGCCUACGAGCGACGGACGCGGGUUGAGCGGCGGACCGAGCCCGCUGAUGGGCGGCUUUGCGACGCUGCCGAGCUCGAUGUCGGUUGCGUUCAACGGCGGCGGGAUCGACAGCACGGGCAAGCGGUCGAUGAGCGGGCUCGGCGGGUUCAAUAGCGCGCGGAGCAGGCAGGCGAGUUGGGGCGGCGAGUCGUGGGGCGGGUUUGGGGAGAAGUCGCCCAACGGGAGCGGAGAGUUCAGCCCUUCGCCGCCAUUCAGCGGGACGCCUCUCGAGUCGCCUGGGUCUGCGAACGCUUCGCGUGCGUCGCUCGGUGGUUUCCCGACGUCGCCCUCGGGCCGCAAUUCGUUCGGCGGUCCGCCGACCAUGCCCCGCCGGUCGUUCUACUCGUCCUCCGCAUCCGGCUCGCAACUCCUCCCCGCCUCGCGCACCUUCUCUUCCGUCUCGCCUCCGAACGGCGCCGCUCCCGGCGCACACGUCUUCCCCUCCGGCAACCGCCUCUCAGGCGCACCGCACAACCCUCUCUCGCGCAUCGAGGUCGUCCCGCCUUCGCCGCUCGCGCCGCCUCCCGGGUCGGUCGUCGCGACGGAUAAGAGCACGCUCGAUUUUGCGCCGAGCAGCGGGAUCGGGAAAGGCAGCGAUGGCGCGCCCGAGGACUGGGUCGAGGCGGUUGCUGCGGUUGGCGGUGAGGCAGAGGCAGAGGAGCGGUUGAACCCGGCUUUUGACGGGUCGUACGCGCACCCGACGACGUUUGCCGCACUUCAGCAGCACUCGUUCCCGCCUUCUAUCCCUUCGUCGUCCGCCGCGUCCGUGCGGACGUCCACCUCCUCCGCUCCUCGCUCGUCUACCUCGAUCCCUCGUCCUCGCCAGUCGAACUCGAAUCUCCGCUCGCCCUUUGCGCCCGCCGCAUCCGCCAACUCGAGCGACUCGAAUGUCUCUGCCUCGUCCUCCCACUCCGCCGCUGCUCCUCCCACUGCGCGCCACCCUCCCGCACUGAGCAUCAGCACCUCCUCCCUCACUUCUGCGGGCUCGGGCUCGCCAGUUUCGAGGAUUCAGGGCGAAACACAGGCGGAACCGAAGAGUCCGUUGGAGAGGCUGCAGAUGAGGAUUGAGAGGGAGCGGAAGGGGUUCAGUUUUGAGGGCGGGGCGGGAGAGGGGCGGUAG